GGAUUUCCGGUUCCCAGGGCUACGGGGCGGAAGCGAAGGAAGGCGCAAUCCCCGCGGUCGACGUUAGUCGCCGUCUUCGCUGCUAACGUUCUGUUAUGAGUUGCUAAAAUCAUGGUGAAAUGCUGCUCGGCCAUUGGAUGUGCUUCUCGCUGUUUGCCAAAUUCCAAGUUAAAAGGACUGACGUUUCAUGUAUUCCCCACAGAUGAAAACAUCAAAAGAGAAUGGGUAUUAGCAAUGAAAAGACUUGAUGUGAACGCGGCAGGUAUUUGGGAGCCUAAGAAAGGAGAUGUAUUGUGUUCAAGGCACUUUAAGAAGACAGAUUUUGAUAGAAGUGCUCCAAAUAUUAAACUGAAACCUGGAGUCAUCCCUUCUAUCUUUGAUUCCCCGUAUCACUUACAGGGGAAAAGAGAAAAGCUUCAUUGUAGAAAAAACUUCACUCUCAAAACCCUUCCAGUCACAAGCCACAAUCACCAGCUUGUUGGUGCUUCGUCCUGUACUGAAGAAUUCCAAUCUCAGUUCAUUUUUGAACAUAGCUACAGCGUAAUGGACAGUCCAAAGAAACUCAAGCAUAAAUUAGAUCACGUGAUCAGCGAGCUGGAGGACGCCAAGGAAAGUCUACGGAAUGUUUUAGAAAGAGAAAAACAUUUCCAGAAAUCAUUGAGGAAGACAAUUAGGGAGUUAAAGGAUGAAUGUCUGAUCAGCCAAGAAACAGCAAAUAGACUGGGUGCUUUCUGCUGGGAGUGUUGUCAGGAGAAGAUAGAACAAGACUGUACCUUGUAAAAUAAUUUCAUGUCAUGUUCUACCUACAGUUGACAUUGGCACAGCUUUUUCAGAAAUAAUUCUCAUUUAACGUCCCUAAAUAACAUCUAUCAUUUUAAGGUGCUUCUGGGUAUCCUCUGGAACGUUAUUCAUUGUAGUUGUUGUCCAACAACUUUUUUGAAGAUGUACGAAAAUUAGUGGUAGUUAUCAUGUUUUUGUGUGGCUUGUGACAAUUAUGUUUUUAUAGACCUAUACUAGUACCAGGUCAUGAAUGUCAGAUGUUAAAAUCUCAAGAAAACUCCACAGGACUGAGGGUUGAUAUAAAAUUAGCCACAUUAGGCUAUAGUAGAAGGAGCCAGGCAUUUUUCAGCAGCAGCAGAUUUUUGGCUCUAAAGAAAUACCUAUAGUUACACGUGCUUUAUGGUAAAUACUUUGGAUCUUUCUUUACAUGUACUUUACUGUAAAGCAGAAUUCAGCUAUAACACAUCUCCAUCUUGGCUCUUAUCCAAGUUGCUUUAGUUAUCAAUAAUGCCAACUGGUCCUUCCUCAGAGCGUCCCACGGAACUGAGCCUGAGAACAACGCACAGUGAAGAUCUGUUGCUUUUCAGACUGUUCAGAUCCAAUUUGAGAACACCCCUGGGUUUUCAGUACAAUGCACCACUCCUCGCAAGGACCACUUUGAUAGAAACCAGAAUAGAUUUAAAAACAAGAAGAAAGGGGUCAUAGGUCCGAUUUUUAAAUGCUUGCUGCUCUGACAGGUCUGAACAUUUUGCUUCACAGCAUUUUUCAUUUUAUCAUAAAGGUGUAUCUUUGAAAUCUGAAUGCUGGUACUAGCUGAAUGUUUGUAAUACUGCUUUGUAUUUUAUAGAAAGUAAUAUUGCUGAUAUUUUCAAAAAUAUAAAAGAAACCAUUAAAAAUUAAUAAUUGUGGCUUUUCCAGUUGAAACCGGAACUGGAAAAAGGGUUAGAAUGUUUGUCUUUAUUUAGGAGAGUAGAUUACUGUCCAAGGGCUUUUAUUUAGAGAAACAGAUAAAUAAACAGCAGCUGGCGAAGAUUCCUCACGUAAUAUGCAAAAGAGUAACUCUGAGCUACUUUGAAUCCAAGUGUCAGACAUUGAGCUUUUCUCCUAAUUUCUUACUAAAAACAACUGGAAUGAGUCCUAAAUACUGUGGAUUAGAAUUAAAACUAUUAGCCAGAGCCACACUCUGUGUAGGAGCACAUGUUUGUGCAUAAACCGCACUUAGAAGUCCAUGGUGUAGUGGUUAGAAUUUGAGCAUCAUCUGUUUUGUUUUAUUAACAAAAAAUGAAUUGCACUUUGUGCUGAUUUGUUCACUGUAAUUUUGUUUCUGCUACAUCAGUAUCAGUAGGGAUGUGGUAAUGUGAAUUUUUGUGUGUUUUAAGAAUUUUCUGUAUUAAUCCAUGUUAUAUUUUUAUGUAGGAUUCCAAACCUUCCUUCUAAUGGGAUCUUACCCACGUUUGAAAGAUGAGCAUUAUGCUAAGAAAAAAUCAUUGAGGCCAUAUCUGUUUAUUACCUUAAAAAACAAAACCUUUCAUUAGCUACCUAGUUUUUAUUUUAGUUAUGUAAUUUUUAAUUCAUAAUAGACACUCUGAUGCAAAGUUUGGGAAUAAACUAGGUUUUGUGGAGAAACUUUGAUAGAGAUGAAGACUUUUUCCAAUGAGUAUGUAAAUUAAAGUGAUCCAGUGGACAAUGGAGAAAAGUCAGACGGCAGAUCCAAACACACAUGUUUAAGUUCUAGCACCGUGCUGGCUGCUUAGAAUAAAGCCUGAAAGAUCUCUCCAAAAGUAAAAUCCCACAUCCUGCCACUAUCACAGUUGUCACUGUCACCUUUACUUCUUACAGUCAUAGUGAAUUCAGCCAUGGUCGUCUUUCUCAUGGGAUCAAGUAUCAGUGAGAAAUAGGUAACUGGGGUCAAAAUACUGAUGUCCUUAGGGACCCAGAGCUGCCCCUAUUUGCUCUUUAUUCUUGUGACCAUUCUAUUGAAAUGGUUACCAGUAGAAAUCUGACAUUAAAAAAUAGGGUCCUCCCCACUUGCAGCCCCAGACAAAUGCCUGAACACGGUAUGCACCUCAGUCCUCUGUUCCCAAAGAUUCCAGCCUAGCCUAGGAAAGAAUUGUCCAAUAUAAAGCAAAAGCAAGUCAUCUUCCACCCAGAAAUUCCUCAGGCAGCCAGGGCUGACCUAAGGGUUCCACUUUUUAAAAAAACCUAAGAGUGGCUUCUGGGUCCCGGGACACACUAAUACACCAAAUUCAGCCUCAGCACCAAGUCAGGUACAAAGGGCUUGAUGCAUGGCAUUUCUCUCCAUAUCAAAUUUAAUUUCUGGAAAUAGAUUUUGUUGGCUAAAGAUAAUUUUAUAUAGGUACACCAUAGUCUUUGAGAAA